AUGCAGAAUCUAAUGCUGACAGUUCAAAAAGGCAAAGAAAAAUCACUACACUUGAUGAACAUAAUAUACCUGACCCUCUUGUUGAAAAGCCAACCGAAAGUCAAAUUAUAGAUGCUAUAAGAAGAACAGGGUGGGAACAUAAAAAACUAGUUGAUUACAUAUAUCAACAUAUAAAAAAGAAAAAAGAAAUUGUUUAA